AUGUCUUCUCAAGAGGAUGACAGCAACAAACACAUGACAAAAUUUGAAUAUGAUAAGAUUGCAUUUGCUGCAGACUAUGGCAAGAACCGAAUGGAAAAUAAUGCAGUGCGGUUAUGUAAAGCCAUAAAAAAUAAUCGAUUAUUUAGACGUAAUCUUGAUAUGGAGCAAGAACUAAUAGAUUCUGCUCUUUCACUCACUUCCGAUCUUUCUGUAGAUAAAAUUGUGAAUUACAUAAACUCGUCAGAUGAAACAUUACAAUUACUGGGAAUCCAAGCUUACGCGAAAUUAAAACAACAAAAAAAUCCUUUUAUAAGUGAUACGAUAGAAGAUGAUAUAUUAUCAUGCUGUAUUAAGCUCUUAGACAGUGACAUUAUUUCCUUGCAAUUUCAAAUAGCAUCUUUAUUAGCUAUCAUAGCUUCGGAUACAUUCAAACAAAUGCAUGUUAUAACAUGUGAAGCAAUAUUAAAAUUAGUCAAUCUACUUAAGUCAUCGCCUAUUGUUGCGGAACAAGCAGUGCGUGCCUUAGGAAAUAUAAUUGAAGAUAAACCAUGUGCACGUGACUUUGUUCUUAAAUGUAAUGCUCUACCUCUUUUGGCAGAUUUAAUUAAAUCUGAUACUUCAGUGAUAUUUAUGGACGACAUUUCAUGGCUUUUAUCUAAUUUAUGUCAAAGGAAUAUACCUCUAAGUGUUACAUUGAUUAGACCUGUUCUACCAGUAUUUCAUUGCCUAUUUAAUAUUAAAAAUCAAUACAUAAUUUCCGACAUCUGCCGGACACUCUCUUAUCUUACUGAUGGAUCUAACAAUAAUGUACAAGCAAUAAUGGAAACUGUAGGCAUUCUACCGAAACUUUUAGAGUAUCUGACGGUGAGAAAAGAAUCUAUCGUUAUUCCAGCACUGCGUACAGUAGGAAAUAUAGUGACAAUUGGUGAUGAUGCACAAAAGAAUGCUGUAAUCUCCGCAGGAGCAUUGUCGCGUCUUGGUGACGUAUUACGAUAUUAUUUGUGUAUCAAUGAGAAAGAUAUUAUAGAGGAAGCUUUUUGGGCAAUUUUUAAAAUGGUUGACAAUACAGACCGAAUUCAAAGUGUAAUAAAUGCUGAUCUGUUACCACUACUGAUAGAAGGACUUCAGUUUGGAAGUGCACGAAAAAUAGCCACCUGGACUGUAAUUACCUUGAUAACUGGAGGAACUAUUCAACAUUUGAAUCAAUUAGUGCAAGCUGGCGUAUUGCAAGCUUUUUGUAAUUUACUUGAAUCACAUGAUUAUGUAGAUAUUAUUAAUGCCUUAAUUGGUAUGGCUGAAAUCUUGCAUGCAGCAGAGAAAAUAGGGCAAGCAGAAAAAUUUGUCAUUAUGAUAAAAAAAUUUGGAGGAUUAGAUAAAAUAGAAGAUCUUCAAUAUCAUAAUAAUGAACGAGUUUAUGCAGAAUCUUUGGCUAUAAUCAACGCAUACUUUCUUCAAAGGGUCGUACAUUUAUUCAAUGUUCAUAAAUAA